CCAUGGAGAGAAACGAGGGUAGAAAAAGCACUCUCAUCUCCCACAGGCAGAAAAGGGAGAAGAGAUUAGACGGUGACUUUGUCUAUCACAACCAAUGGUUCCCUAUUCAUUGUAAUACAACUCUCCAUGACCCUCUCAAUGAAACUCGAAUCGUCAACCUGCCACCUGACUUGGCCUCUUUCCUUUUCCCUACUCACACUUUCCAUGCUGAUAACCCCGUGUAUAUCGGUUGUCAUUACCCACCUUAGAUCAAAAGCCGUAGUUCGCAACCGCCCUCGGUUUUCCCACUCCGUUUGUAACCCCAAUGUCGCUAGGACAGGCCAACUUGCAUAACUAGGGGGAUGCUCCCUUCAAAAUUUCGUUGUUGGAAAGG